UCUCUCCUCCCCCCCGUCUCUCUUUCUCUCUCUUCUGUGUUCUCGUUCGCUCCGCGAUUUGGAGGAGGAGGAAGAAGAAGAAGGAGGAGGCGGAAAUUUUUUUCGGGGGUGGUUCGCGGGGCGGAAUUAGGGUUUGGCCCGGGGGGAAGGUUUCGCGGGUGGCGAUCUGUAGAUCUGCGGCUGUGGGAAGUUGGGAGCUGGAGGUUGGAAGGAAGGAAGAAGAAGGAAGAAGGAGAAGAUGAGCUUGGAUUCGGUUCCUGCCAAUUCGCAUGGCAACAUCGAUGAGGAGAUUUCGCAGCUCAUGCAGUGUAAACCGUUGUCCGAGCAAGAGGUAAGGGUUUUAUGCGAGAAGGCUAAAGAAAUAUUGAUGGAGGAGAGCAAUGUUCAGCCUGUAAAAAGCCCUGUCACAAUAUGUGGUGAUAUUCAUGGCCAAUUUCAUGAUCUUGCAGAGCUUUUCCGCAUUGGAGGAAAGUGCCCAGAUACGAAUUACUUAUUUAUGGGAGAUUAUGUUGAUCGUGGAUAUUAUUCAGUCGAAACUGUUACACUAUUGGUUGCUCUCAAAGUGCGAUAUCCACAGCGGAUUACCAUUUUAAGAGGAAAUCAUGAAAGCCGUCAGAUCACUCAAGUUUAUGGGUUUUAUGAUGAAUGCCUUCGAAAAUAUGGCAAUGCUAAUGUCUGGAAGAUUUUUACCGAUCUCUUUGACUAUUUUCCGCUGACAGCACUGGUUGAGUCGGAAAUAUUUUGCCUACAUGGUGGAUUGUCACCAUCUAUUGAAACCCUUGACAACAUUCGGAAUUUUGAUCGUGUGCAAGAAGUUCCUCAUGAGGGGCCCAUGUGCGAUCUAUUAUGGUCCGACCCUGAUGAUCGUUGUGGUUGGGGUAUCUCACCCAGAGGAGCUGGAUAUACCUUUGGCCAGGAUAUAUCUGAGCAAUUUAAUCACUCCAACAAUUUGAAGCUCAUUGCUAGAGCUCAUCAGUUGGUUAUGGAAGGAUAUAACUGGAGCCAUGAACAAAAAGUGGUCACCAUAUUCAGUGCGCCUAACUAUUGUUAUCGUUGUGGAAACAUGGCAUCCAUCCUCGAAGUAGAUGAUUGUAGAGCACACACAUUCAUUCAGUUUGAGCCUGCUCCCAGGAGGGGAGAGCCGGAUGUAACCCGUAGAACACCUGAUUACUUCCUGUGACAUAUUUGCAUUGAGAAGCUAAGCUUAUCGUGGUCUUCACUCUUGGGCUUUCAUAUACUUGGGUGUUCUUGACUGUCUUUCGGUGCUAUGACAUAUAUGUAUCAUGGAGGUUGGUGAAGAGUGCAGCAGGGGCUCACAUUUUGUGUCAGUGCCUUUAGAUCUCAAGUUACCGCGAGGGAAUUGUGCGUCAUAGGCUGUCGAUGAGUGGCAUAUAUAGCAUUUCCAGGGAACAAUGUGGCAUCUUAAGUUCUCUCUUCUAGUUCUCAUUAAAAUUUUCUUCUUUUUCGCUUUUUAUCUUUCUGUAGAAGUAAUCACUAGAGGACGUCGGAGCUUGUAGAGGGAUGACUUGACUUCUCUUAUAAUGGGCGCUUUUCCGAUAUCCCACCAUUAAAGUCGUCUGGUCCUGCCCUGCAUGGCAUCUCUUUUUCCUCUCCUCUUACUGAAGAAGGCAUGCUUCUAUUGAACUAUUGCCUGAAUCGUGCUGGGGGCUCGAUUAACUCUGCAUAACGAGAGAUGAAUGCGUAAUGAGAUCAAUUGCAGAGGCUUGUGUGACGAGCAAUAUAUCUGUGAAAUCAGAUGCUGAAGAGUACGCCUGCCAUACGGCCUGUAUUCGAUGCUGGGCUGCAUCUACUCACUGGGAUGGAGGGAGAUGCAAUGUUAAGAGCCGAUCUUAGUGGACCAAGGUUUCAGUAGGGUUUGUUCUAUUAGUCGAGUUAGCUGCAUCCCGUUCUUUCCUGGAUAUAAUUGCAGCAUGCUCGAGCACCUUUCUAAUUGCAAUCAAGUGCUGACAGAUUAUUGAA